UACAUGUUCUCUUGGAUGGAUCAGAACGCCAAAAGAUACCAAAGAUCCAACGUCCAUCAUUUCUCUCAGGAGACAGCGCUUUGGUUGAGCAUUCUGGACGUCAACACAACAAGGAUCUGUCUCUACUAGUACAAGGCAAACUGCACUCUCCUUUAUAAAAGGCUUCGCGUUAUUGGUAUCUCUUGAAAGAUGAGUUCUUUCUCUACUAGCGCCAAGUCCAUGCUGAUGCUGUUGUGGCUUUUUGUGGCUUUAACAACGGCAUAUGUCCAGAACACCGCCACCUGGACACAACAUCAACUCUCGAACCCUGCUUCUAAAGGACCCCCAGAGCCAUUUCCCGAGUUGUUUGGAUUCGACCCCGUUGGCAAUCCCGCCGUUCCCCUCAGUCCAGAUCCUCUGGUGCGAUAUACCUGGGACAAGUCCACGGUCAAUGCCUCGCAGCUCCAAAUCUAUCGCGUCCCUCAGCCAGUGGAUAUUGUCAUUACCCCUCCAUCUGCUAUUCAGAAUGAUUCCAUUGUCGACAGUGUCAUCAUUCAAAUGGAUUGGGGUGUGGAACGAGCAGCGUGGUUUGAGUUUGUGCUUUCUCAAUCAUCCUUGAGCAGCAGCAAUAAUUUGGGAAAGAUUUCGGGGUGGCACGUGGAAGCUGGCCUCUCGGAAUUCAAUUCUGUCUACCCCGGCAAGAAACGAAAGCCCGUCUUGUACAACAACACGUAUUUUCGUCUCGAAACCAACAAGGAACUCUACGAAGGCAUUCGCUAUACAUGGAUCUACUUGACCAAAACAGACCCGGCUAAUGCUCAACCUCUCUCGCUACCCAGCGUUUCCUUGGUGGCCAAAAUCAAACCCAUUGCCUAUCAGGGCAGCUUUUCCUCUCAAGACGACCGAUUGACACAAACAUGGUAUCGGGGAGCCUACGGGGUACGGCUGAAUAUGGAAGCACAGGAAUUCAAUAGCAUUCUCAUUGAACGCGGGGACCGUGUGGCCAUUCAAGGAGAUGGACAUCCCACCAUGGCCACGGCAUUGCAGGCAUUCGGUGAUGCUCCCGUCUAUGAUUUGGUACAAACACAAUUGUGGAAAACCAAUUCCGGUCAUGUCAACGGUCACCAUGUUGUCGAUGAUACAAUCAUGUCCUAUCCCAUGUAUUGGGUGGGUAGUGUCUUGGAUUGGUAUUGGGCCACGGGAGAUCAGGAUGGCUUUGCCAAGUUGGUACCGGAUGUCUUGUCGAUUGUGGACGCCCGCAUCAAUGACUUUUUAAAGGACGGCUUGAAAAUUGUGUGGCAGGGAUGGGAUGACCGUUUGGGAAAUGGAUGGUGCUUUCAUGACAAUGAUCCGUGCAACCAAGAGGGACACUUGACUUUUGCAGCGUUGGUGGUCAAGGUGGUCCGGGAUGUGUAUCGUGCAUUGGUUCACCUGCCUCAAUUUGACAAGGAUGCGGCACGGUAUAAAACAGUGCAUGGCAAUCUCGUCAAUCGCUUUCGGUCGACGGUACCGGAAUACCCCGACAAACUGGGUGUCCACUCGUCAGCCAAUGCGCUCGCGGCCGGGAUUGCCACACCGGCAGACAGGGACCUGUGGAUCAACUCGACCUUGAACGAUUCCGUGACGAUUUGUUCCUGGAGUACUUUUAAUCAGUACUGGAUCCUGCAGGGCUUUGCAGCAGCGGAUGCCAUGGAGUCUGCGAUCGAGUCGAUUCAUCAUUGCUGGGGUAACAUGCUGGAUACAGGGAAGGGGUGCUUCUUUGAAUUGAGUUCGCCAGACUGGACAUCGUUUCGAAAGGAUGGGGAUCGCCUCCCCACAACGCCUUCACUGUGUCAUCCUUGGGCAUCGGGUGUAACGGCUUGGAUGUCCACGGCACUGGCAGGGAUUCGACCUAUGAUGCCGGGUUACGCCGCGACAUUGGUGGCUCCCUACGUCUCGGCAACGCAUGCUCGAGUCAAUGCAACCGUUCCGACUCCAAAAGGGAGCAUCGCUGUGUAUGCAAAGUGGCAAGAAGCCAAAUUAGGUGCUGCCAUGGCAACAAUUCACGUGGAGAAUCCUCAGCGUUUACCAGAACUAUAUGUGGGAUUUCGUAAAUCUGUUCGCAAAUGUCACUUGCAAGAAGUCAAGGGAAACGGAACGAUUGUGAAAGAAGCGGAAGCUCCUUGGCAGGCAAAAGAUUGGACAGAAGCCAUUGCACAGAACGUUGUUGUUCUCAGGGCAACAUCCUAUCACACCGUGUCCUUCCAAGCUGCAUAUGUCUGCGAACAACAAAAUCAGGGCGCCUCUGCUUUGCGUCAUGGAAACUACCCUGCAUCAGUUUCUAUUGACCGAAAAAGUCAAGGAGAUGGCCUUAAGGAGCACGGCGCCGACGGGUACAUCCUCUUGGGCGCCAAUACUAACGGGACAAACGUUGAGAAUCUGCCGAGCUAUGUUUCUUCCGUUGAGAUCUACAGCCAUGGCUUUGAAGGGUCCAAUCCAGUGGAUGCAGCCUAUGUUGGCUCCUCCGACACAGAUCCAGCGUACCUACCGUUUGGGGACAGCCGUAGAUUGGGAUGGCUUGGGAUGGACGACGACACCUACUGGAAUCCUGGAAUUGUCGUGGACGUGAACACCACGAACUUUGGUAAGAUCGCCGGAGGGAAAGAACAGUCGUCCGUAUUGAUCAGCGUGCACAAAGACAAGGACAAGGCCAUGAGAUACAAACUGUCUUUGUAUUGCGUCGCAAAAACCGAACAUGAGCAAUUUGCAUUGCGUGUGAUGGAUUUGUCAACCUUGAACGUCAUCGCGCCCACCAAAAUGAUCGACAAGCACAGUAAAGGAGUAUGGUGGAGCGUCGAGUAUGAUUCCUCUGUCAGACUUCGCAUCAUGGGCAUCUAUGGAAUGCAUAUAUCCGCCGUGGCAUUCUCAAGGUCCGCCCCCACGAUCUCUGCAACCACAGAUUAGGGAAGGGCGCAUGGGACACCGGUGUACGAGAGAGGGAGAGACCAAUUGUAGUAGAUCUCUGCCUUGUGAUUCCAUACGUGCAAAGCUAUACCUCUUUUGAAAAUGAGUGUUUCAGUUUCGCUCAACCGUUUCUGUAACCGACCUGACAGGCUGCUAAGAUUGAUCAUUCAUCAGUUGGCAGACCAUUUCGAUGCGUCCAAACACUUCAGGUCGCUCUUCUGACUUGUCUUGGCAAGUUCAAUCCGUUCCAGGCAAGUCUGCGUGCGGUAUUGGGUUCUAAAGGAGGCAGCAGUAUCAGACCCCCGUGCUGGUCCUCAAGUUGUGUCCCAUGAUCCCACGGACACUAGUCCCCAAUUCGGCCUCUUCUUUGCCUAAGCCUGGCCCCUGGUUGGCUUCCAUGGAUAACUUCCUCAGUACUCUAAAACCCCUUACCUUCUC